AUGGGUUUGCCAAUAACACUAUACCAGGAGGACAUGAACUCCCUCCAUUUACCACAGAAGAGAAACUUGGACCAGUUCAUAAGAGAAAGGUUUCCUUCUGUGGCAUACCCAACUGCUUCGGAGCUACGCUCGCUAAGGAGAGGUAACACCAGUGUGCGUCCACUAACACAAGUAAUAAGACAAGAAGUGUACGCCUAUUUCAUGAACAAUAACGUUAACGAGAGAAUAUUUGCCAGUAUCGAGGAUAAUACAGCUAAUCAUCGCCGCCAGAACAUGUAUGACUGGGAUUCUGCUGGUAUCGACAGGUGGACCAUCGAUAUCGACCCAGAGACAGUAGAAAUCAACGAUGUGCCAAACUUGAAUGGUUACAGAUGCAAUCAGAAUUACGACAACUCUUUGUGGAUGUACUUCAACGAGUCCAACAAUUUUGAACAAUUCUACCUAUACGAUACUAAGGAGAACAGAUAUGUUAAGGGAUGUUUGGAGAGAUCUCUAGUUGAACACAACGACACUUUAUGCUGUGUGGAUGCCAAGAGUGGGAUGAACAACUACCAAUUCUUGCUUGGUUUCACCUCUGGUAAAGUGGUUCUAGUCACUUCCACCCUGUUAGGGGAUGACGGUCUAAAUGCUUGGUGUGAAUCAGAAGUGGUAUACCAGAGUCGUACAAGCUCACAUCCGAUCAGAAAUAACUCACGUUACAAUGGUAUUGUAACAGUUAAUGCCUCACUAUUACCAAGCUAUGUUCUGUCCUUCAAUAUCAAGGAAGGGCUUAUCUUGAGCGAGCUUACUGAUCACUCCAAUUACAAGAUCGAUAUCCCUUACAAUAAUCAGGAUUUCUCAGAUGUAGAUAGCUCCCAGUUCUCUGCAGUGGUGAACUUCCCGCAAUUUGUACUUUCAAAUGGUGUUCAAAUUUGGAACUAUGAGAACGUUCUACAAAUUAACGCAUCAUUAUUCCCUGUUGAUCACGAGGUCAAGUUCUGGCUAAAGCCAGAAGAGAAGAUUAAGUACAUCAAGCCAAUGCCCAAGCAAGAGCACCUGUUUGUUGUCACAACUGAGAGAGGAGUAUCUAUACCAAUCAACCCAGCAAAUAACCAUGUUCCAAGAGGUAGAGCAGUACGGAGCUCCAACGCUGACCCAUCUUACUCCGAAGUCACAAAUGUAAUUCCAGUGUUUACUUUGGCAGAUUACAACGAAAACCAGUACCAGCUGGAAACGUUCAACAGCGAGCAAUACUUAAUGACCACGCAACAGCAUUUGUACGGCACCAGUCUAACCAUUUACCAAUACUCCAACGCAAGCAAGGAUUGGUUUUCUCUGGGCUUUGUUGAUAUCAGAGCUAAGUUCAAUAUCAGAAAGAUAAAAGCUUUGUCCAUUUUGGAGUCCCACGAUGAUCAAAACCCAAACCAAAAACCCAAGUUACUGAUCCAUGCAAACGACGGCACUAUAAGACAUUUCAAGAUCUGUAUAUAG